AUGGUUCCUUUAACUAUCAACCCUUCGCCUUUAUUUCAAAUUCGAUUAGAAGAUGAUACUCUCACUAUGCGUGGUACUAGUUCAGAAUCUGUAGGAUGUGUUCUUCGUGGUCAACUUGUUUUAUCUAUCACUGAACCUACUAAAAUUCGUGAAAUUAAAAUGAAUUUUCAAGGAAGAUCCAAGAUUGCUUGGAAUGAAGCUAGUACCGGACAAUGUUAUCGCUCAGAAGAAAGAAUCUUAUUUCAACAUGAUUGGAUAUUCCUUCCCGCAAAAAAGAAUUAUCACAUUCUUCAACCUAAUAACUAUCAUUGGAAUUUUGAAUUGGUCAUUCCAGGAGCUUUACCUGAAACAAUUGAAGGCUGUGAAUUCGGAAACGUUAAUUAUCGAUUAAAAGCUGUGGCGGAAAGAUCAAAAUUAUCCAUUAAUUUAAAUACUCAACGAAAAAUUAAUAUACAAAGAUGUUUAUCAUCUUGUGAAGAAUUAGAUUCUAUUCAAAGCAUUAUCGUGGCCAAUACCUGGACUGAUAAAAUUGAUUAUGAAUUUACCACCGAUUCUAAAGCUUUUACUUUAGGUGAUAAAAUCCCUAUACAUAUGACCUUAAUUCCUUUACAAAAAAAGUUAUCGAUCGUUCGAUUUAAUUGUAGAUUAAUAGAACAUAUUACUUAUCAAAUCGGAACUCAAGUUAAAGAAGAAUUUCGACCCGUUCAUCAACUUAAUGACGUGAAACUUGAUUUCGAUCAAGUUUGGAAUAAAACUUUUGAAUUUAAUUUACCUAAUAAAAUUUCUUUAUGUCAUUAUGAUUCUCAAAACGAAAUUAUCAAAAUACAACAUAAAUUGAAAUUUAGUGUCAUAUUUAAUAAUACCGGUGAUGAGAAAGACAAGAAUAAUUCAGAAUUAAAAGCCGCCUUGCCAAUUAUAAUCACUCCAGUUUCUUCUAAUAGUGAUCCUUCUUGUAUACCUGCUCCUCUUGCAGAUUCAUCAUUACCUCCUAUUUAUAUUGACCAUGUUAUAUGA